AUGUUUAGCAGCCGGAACAACGCUCAGAAGCCAGACGGUGAGUUCAUCAGUCGCUUCCAGCAAGCAUUUUCAGAAAUUGUCCCUCGACGAGACAGUGAGAGUGCGUCAACCGAAACCUUGCACAAUGUGAGGGCAGCUGAACCUAUGAUGGCCGCAAGGAUGGCCGAGAACAACGAUGUGAAAAUGGAGACUCAUAAUAUGAAGUUCCCUAUCACCAACAACGACCGCACUCCUCGAAAUAUGCAAGAACUGGGAUUGACACCCUCAUGGAUGGAAUCCGCUUCGUAUUCCAUGAUGCCUCUUGUCAACCAGCAUUCAGGAUUUUACACUCCAACUUCUGGUGGAAUGGGUGCAAUGUUCCAUAAUCAAGCAGGCGAUUUGCAUACGCCAACAGGGAUGCACUUGAUCACUCCACUGUCAGGGAUGCCAUCUGUACACAAUCACCACAGCCAUGGCUUUGAGCCUUUCCACCCGCAGUUCAUAAAUCCAAUGCAUGACAUGAACCAAUACGCACAGCAACCGUCAUAUGCACCAAGCGCAUUCAUGCACCGCGACACCGGAUACGACGCCAUGGACGAUACUCUGGACGACUCUUCCCUGAAUGAUGCACAUAUCGAAACUGCAUCCAACGUGACGGCCUCGACAGACUUUCCGGCUCAAAUGGCUGGUGACAUGUCCUAUGCCAAGGGUGAAAAAUUCCGAUUCAGUGUUUCUCUACGAGCACCAACCGCCAUGGUGAAAAACCUAAGUGAAAUCCCCGUUACCUAUCUCAAUAAGGGCCAAGCAUACAACCUUACAGUUACCGACACAACUCCCCCAAUGAUCAACCACGAAACCCUUCGAUACAGAACAUUUGUCCGCAUUUCCUUUGAAGAGCAAGAACAACGAGCGAAACCGUCAACAUGUUGGCAACUAUGGAAGGAAGGCCGUGGUACGACAGAAGCCCAUCAACGGGGUGGGAAAUUAUUAGCUGUUGAAUAUGUGGAUCCUUUACAAGGUGGCAGUGAUGCCCACAGGCACCGACAGGUCCAAGUCGAGAGUAUGACGGUCGACGGGUUCUGUGUCACUUGGACUGUCAACCCAGCGACCGGCUUAUCGGAUUGCAACAUCCCCGUGCGGUUUAAUUUCCUCUCCACCGAUUUCAGCCACUCCAAAGGUGUGAAGGGAAUUCCAGUUAGACUGUGCGCCAAAACCGAGCUUUUAUCACCAGGCGAGGAGACAGGCGUACCGCGCGAUAUGGAGUUGUCUUACUGCAAAGUAAAGCUUUUCCGGGAUCACGGUGCCGAGCGGAAGCUGUCCAACGACAUCGCGCACGUCAAGAAGACCAUCGAUAAGCUUAAGCAGCAAGUCUCCCAGGCAGAAAUGGGGGGUGGAUUUGCCAAGCGCAAACGGGGAAACAAUCUUUCUGCUACCACAAAGGGAUCUGACAAAAGUUUGAACCACAAGCGGACUUGGUCGAUAGACUCGGACGACGCUCCCCCAGAGAAAAUUUCCUUGGAGGAUGAUCUCCAGGCCAAGUUGGCUAGCAUGCAGGAGAUGUUCUCCUCUACUCGCUCAGUGAGCAUUUUCGGCUUACGUGGUGAAAAAUUCGACGAUCCCGAUCUAUAUCCCAUUCAGUUAUCAGGUGAGGGCGAUUCCCCUCAUUAUACGAAUAUGAGUCGCUCAAGCACACGCGAAUUAGAAUCGAUGAUGCCUUCGCCGCCUAACACCAAUACCUCUUCUUCGAAUUCGCCGCCUACCCAAGCACUCAGAUUAGGAAACUGCCCAACCACCAUCCAGAGAAUUUCUUCUAGCGACCAAGUCUCAAGGGGCUUCAUAGAAGCCGUGGGUGUAGACUUGGCCUACCGACCUCCGGUGGAACGCCCUCCCAAGCCGAUUGCAUGCUUCUAUAUUCGAUUCACUGGAAACGCGAAACGUUCAGAUGACUAUUACCGUGCAAUCUAUUUGACGGAGCGUACCGUUCGAGACCUUGUCAGAAAAAUCACCGAGAAAUACCAGAUCGAUCCGAUGCGAAUCUCAAAUAUCCUGCAUGCCAAUGAGAAAGGUAUGCGAGUCUUAAUGGAUGACGAUGUGGUCCGUCAUCUUCCAGAGGGUCAAGACAUGAUCCUCGACAUCUCCGAAGCAUCAGGUCCCAACGGCAAUGCUUCUGGCACACCAGGAUCUCCCGUGGAGCUAAAAUUAACCUAUUGA